CUUCUCCCGCCGCUUCCUUCUUUUGCUCUCCGCAAGUAGUAAAAAGAUGGCAUCUCGCAAAGAAUCUGCGUCUACAGCAACCGGUACCGGAGGGUCAGCGACGACUCCGGGGACCACCACCACCACCACCACCACCACCACCUUGGACUCGCAGGUCAAGCAGGUCCAGAUUGAAGGCCUGGUGGUCCUGAAGAUCAUCAAGCACUACCAUGAAGAAGGGCAAGGCAGUGAAGUGGUUCAGGGAGUGCUGCUUGGACUGGUGGUAGAAGACCGUCUGGAAAUCACCAACUGCUUUCCUUUUCCUCAGCAUACAGAGGAAGAUGCCGACUUCGAUGAAGUUCAGUACCAGAUGGAAAUGAUGAGAAGCCUGCGCCACGUGAAUAUUGACCAUCUCCAUGUUGGCUGGUAUCAGUCCACCUACUACGGAUCAUUUGUCAGCCGUGCCCUUCUGGACUCUCAGUUCAGCUACCAACAUGCAAUUGAGGAAUCUGUGGUUCUCAUUUACGAUCCCAUUAAGACUGCUCAAGGCUCUUUGUCGCUGAAGGCUUACAGACUUACACCAAAGUUAAUGGAAAUCUGCAAAGAAAAGGAUUUUACUCCCGAAGGAUUAAAGAAGGCGAGCAUUGCCUAUGAAAAUAUGUUUGAAGAAGUGCCCAUCAUCAUUAAGAAUUCACACCUGAUCAACGUUCUGAUGUGGGAGCUGGAAGAAAAAUCUGGUGUGUCAGAUAAGCAGGAGCUCCUGAACCUUUCCAGCAGCAAUCAUCUGGAAAAAAGCUUGCAGCUGCUAAUGGAUCGAGUGGAUGAUAUGACGCAAGAUAUCGUUAAAUACAACACUUACAGUAGGAAUCUAAGCAAACAGCAGCAGCAGAAGCAUCAGGUAACUGUUAGUCACCGACCUCAAAUAAUAGAUUUUUUGUGUUGA